AUGCAGUUUUUUGUCCACCGCCGUACCACAUCUAUAUCAGCAUGCCGAUCGAUCCUCUCUUCCCGCAUUACAUUAAUUUCGCCCAUCCUUGCAGCUUUUGGGCGGCUCAAAUCGCGCGAUAUCGAUGUGGCCUAUCCUUUCAAAUUUUGGAUCGAUCCAUCAUGCCCACCAAAGAAGCCUCUGACAGUGGCUACUGGCGGCCGAGUGCUCACAUUUCACCUUUUCGUCUGGAUGACCAGCCUAGGCGAUGAGAGGAGAGGCCAAGUUUCGAUGAACUUCUUGAUAAGUUAG